CAGCUACGCGUCGAAAUGGUGGAUAGGGAUGACAAAUAUAGGCGGGCCGUGUACAAUACAUUCACUAUCGAAAGCUCGUCGUUCCCGCUACCGAUUGUCAGUGGACGAUUUCGACCCAUCCCAAUCCGUUGGCGAUCCCGGGGAUGCCAUGCAAUUCGUGAAUGGCGCGGAAUUCGACCCGGGCCCAUCACCCUGUACGGAAUUGCAUGGAGCACCAGGAUGGUUCAAACCCGGGGUCUUGAGGCGCACGUUUUGUUCGAGCGUGAACUUCUUUGCGGAUUACGACGAGAAUGAUGAGAGGCCGUCAGAACAGGCCAUCUUUUGGGACACGGGCUCAUUCCAAAGGCGUUUGAAACAAAUCGAGCUGACCAUACGGCCGAAAGACACGAACUACAACGCCAGCAUGACCAAUUAUUUCGAGAACUACCGGAACUCGUUGGAAAGCAACGAAUACGGCACCGUCUAUACGUAGGAAAAAUCAUAGUCCAUCAUUAAUCAAAAUGAAUUCGUAAUUCAACUCAUUGUUAUUCCUCAAGGUAUAAGUGCAAUAAAGGA